GGCCGCUGGCCCGCGCCCGUCCCUGCCGCCGCCGCCGGUGCCGCCGCCGCGCACACGCACUCCCGGAGCCGCUGACGGAGCCUACGCGGGGCUCGCCGGCUCCUCCGACCCGCCGCCUCAGCAGCGGCAGCAGCACAAAGGGCGGCGCGGGGGGAAGAGGAGCAGGUGCGCACGCUGCUUGGAGCCACGGCCGGCAGCACUGCCCGGAGAUGUCGGGGGUGCUGGUAAUCGCCGCCUGGUGCUUCCUGCAAGUGGAGAGCCGGCAUCCUGAAAUCAUCACGAGUAGCAGCAAUCAUGGCAAUUUCCUGGACAACGACAAGUGGCUGAGCACCGUUUCGCAGUAUGAUCGAGACAAGUACUGGAACAAAUUCAGGGAUGAUGACUAUUUCAGAAACUGGAAUCCAAACAAGCCUUUUGAUCAAGCUCUUGAUCCAUCCAAAGACCCAUGUUUGAAGGUGAAAUGCAGCCCACACAAAGUGUGUGUCACUCAUGACUACGAAACUGCCAUUUGUGUCAGCCGCAAGCAGCUGGUGCACAGCAUUCGACAGAAGAAAGGGAACUUGGCUCAGAAGCACUGGGCUGGACCAGCCAGCAUAGUGAAAUGCAAGCCUUGCCCCACAGCACAUGCCAGUGCUGUCUGUGGAUCUGAUGGGCAUACAUACACCAGCAAGUGCAAGUUGGAGUUUCACGCCUGCACUUCGGGAAAAGCCAUCACAGCUCGCUGCGAAGGGCCCUGUCCCUGCCUUCCAGCCCCUGAGAGCUCCAAGCACAAGAUGGAGAAGCCUGCCUGCACAGACAAGGAGCUGAGGAGCCUGGCGUCGCGGCUAAAGGACUGGUUCGGUGCUCUCCACGAGGAUGCGAACCGCGUCAUCAAGCCAACCAGCUCGGACACAGCACAGGGCAGAUUUGACACCAGCAUACUGCCCAUCUGUAAGGAUUCCUUGGGCUGGAUGUUCAACAAACUCGACAUGAACUAUGACCUGCUGCUGGACCCCUCGGAGAUCAGUGCCAUCUACCUGGACAAGUACGAGCCCUGCGUCAAGCCGCUCUUCAACUCCUGCGACUCCUUCAAGGACGGGAAGCUUUCCAACAACGAGUGGUGCUACUGCUUCCAGAAGCCAGGAGGUCUUCCUUGCCAGAAUGAAAUGAAUAGAAUUCAGAAGCUAAGUAGAGGGAAGAGUCUGUUGGGGGCUUUCAUCCCACGCUGCAACGAAGAAGGUUAUUACAAAGCCACUCAGUGCCACGGCAGCACGGGGCAGUGCUGGUGUGUUGACAAGUAUGGCAAUGAGAUAGCUGGCUCCAGAAAGCAAGGGACAGUUAGCUGUGAAGAAGAGCAAGAAACCUCAGGGGAUUUUGGCAGUGGUGGAUCUGUUGUGUUGUUGGAUGACUUGGAAGAUGAACCUGAAACAGCAAAAAGAGAUGAAGAAGGGAAACUGAAGAUUCAUGUAAGAGCAGCUAAUGAGGAUGAUGAAGAUGAAGAUGAUGAAAAGGAUGAUGAAAUUGGUUAUAUAUGGUAGUGCCCAUAAGAAUGAGGACUCACUUUUGCACAGUGUUGCAAGUCACAUCAUAUCUCUGCAAUUGUAUCUGAGAGUACCUGGCACAACUACUCCCUCUCUACUGAGUUUAAUUUUCUAUGGUCUAUUUCAUUUGGAAGACAACUUUAUUUUCCAGCAAGGACUGUUUGGAAUACAGCUUCUGUUCUGUUGGUUUGGGGGAUUUUUUUCUAUCCACAGGGGCAAUGAGUUUUGUUUCCAAAGCGUUUCAUGUCUUAAUCCUCACUUGCACCGCUUAGGAGAUGCAUCCUGUGAAAGAAGACUCACAGAAGGGGUUCAACAAACCCAUACAAGGCUGAGAAGCCCUUCUCAUGCUAGAGAAUUUGUGGCAUAAGUUGUUACCUGCACCAUCUCAGAAACAGUUCUUUUAUGAAGAAGGAGAAGUAGGUGCCUCAUUUUCUAGUCCAUAUUUAUUAUGUUCCAGUCAAGAGUAAGUCUCUUCGGGUAGUGACUUCUGGCUGCCCAGCACCAGGGGUUUCAAUCCAGAACAAAACCUACUGGUGGGAUUUUCUCUUCCUUACACUCUCUAAGAAUGAGUCCUACAGGCUUAGUCCAGCCUAUACUGAAGGCAAAGCCCCCACCAGAGCAAGGAUCAGCUCACUGACACUCUUUGAUUGAGGAACAUGGCCUUGAUCUUGAGACAUUCAGAACCUGCAGCUGUGUCGGACCAAGCCCCUACAGGCAGGGAACAGAGUCCCUCUGCCUUUCCAAGUGUUUAAGGAAAGAGUGGGUUAUGAAUCUGUAGCAUCAAAACCAUCUCCACAGCUGCUCCCCAGUUUCUGUCUGAACUCACUGACACUGCACUAACAUAAUGCAAACAGCCUCUGCCUCCUGCUCACACCCUAUGGAUCUGCCUGCUCUUGGUGUACUCUUAGCAAUCCCUCGUUGCCAGGUCACAAAGCUGUCAAAGGCACUAGCCAGUGAAAGUAACAAGCUGCCAUUUCUUUAAUUUAGAUACUUAAUACUUGGCCUGUUUAGGGAAAUAAACCCUAAAGCACCAUCUUUAGGUGGUCAUGAUUCAGAAGCAAAGUCCCUUUCCUGGGUGUGAUGAGCUGCAGGCUCAGAAUAGCCACGCAGGAGACAGCACUGCAACACAGGCUGUGACCCCUCAGCACCUGCCCUCUGUUCACAGCUCUGCACUUGCAUCCCAGCACAUCGACAUCCUCUCGUUUGCUGCCUCCUUUCCCAUUGCUGUUCCUGAUGCAGUCAUGUGCUGUGUGACCUUCCAGCAUGUUUGCUGUUCUCAGCAGCACUAAGGGACACCUUAACCCCCUCACCUUUUGCAUUAGAAUGCAGGUACAAGGAUUUUAGCAGUGCCUGCGAUACCCUGUGAGUUAUUCUGUGGGAUGAAACACAGAAAACUAUUUAGAUUGAUGUUUAUAUUUCCUGUGAGCUAGCGUUGGGUAUAGAUAGAGACAGUAUGGAGUCAGAGCAUGUCUAAUUUCACACUCCCCUGAAAGCAGGAACAUACCACUCUGGUUGGCAGAAAUCAGGUUUUUAGGGAUGCUGGCCCAAGAGUUGUGGUCCUCAGCCCUCCCCAAAGUCAGCUGCAGGGCUCUGCUGCCCUUUCCCCCCACAAUGAAGGGCCUCUGCUUUCAGAGCUGCUCAGAAGAGCAAUAGAGACGACCUGUCCUUUCACACACCAUGUGUUGCAGGGGCUCAGUUGUUUUCUCUUCCAUGUCCUAUUUAUCUUGAUGAAUGACCCGAGAACACAGAGCAAGCCUGCUGCUGUUAGUGCAAAAGAUGUGUAAAACAUGAGCAGUUUGUUGUGUGAUGUUUCACACACACACACACAUACACACACCCAUCCAUCCUCCCCAAAAUCUGCCAUCAGUCAUUUGUAAAAGACCUGAGAUCCAACCUGCUUCUCAUCCCUCUGGGUUCCCUAUAGCUUUUGAGACUUUAAGUCAGCUGUUGUCCAUGAGCUGCACAGCUCUCUCUCUGUCUCACACACACGCACACUUUUCCUCCUUGCCUUCCAUGGAAAAUGAUGCUGACUUGCCAGGGGAACAGGUACAAGCAGCAUUUCUCUUUAGUCUGAGUUCCUAAGAAGCAGUUGGGCACCCUCAGUAGCUUGUUUCUCAGAUGCUGUGACUGAGUUCCUCCUGGUACUCCUCCAUAAUCUCUGAGUCUAGCUCUGCUGGCCUGUGCAGGACCUGCUAAGGCACAGAGUUGCCACUUCCUCUGACGUAUUAACCUGAGCUCCACGAUCAGUAGAGUUGUUAUGCUUCUCCUCCUGACUGCACUCAUUCGCCACACACAACUCAUUUUUCCCUCUGACUUAUCCUGGAGCUCUGCCUCACUUCAGAGGCCACACAGUAAAUCCUUCCUCCUGCACAGCACCUCACCAGGGCAAAGGCUGUCUGACCAAGCCCUUGGGUCCGAGGUUGCAGCCCUCUGUGUCACAUGCAAACAUGGAAGGUGAUGAAUCAAAAGCUGUUAAAUAAAUGAGCCUUUAAAAGCAAAUCCAGUUCUCAACACCCUUGAUCCCUGCUGAGCUCUAAUCUCUUACAUGCCACUAGUCCAAGACAGAGGUUUUAUAUCUUUCUCUUAUACUAUAAAACAAUCCCAGUCUCAGACUCACCAGCUCAGCCCUGCUGUGGGUCCCAGUCAAACAGCUCUGGGUCCAGCAAAGCCAGGCAAGAGGUCAGACACCUUGGCUGGUUUGACUGACCUCACAUAUUUGAAGCCCACUGGCCUGUGUUCAGGAGGCCACCACUCACCUCCAAGCAAUCAGCCAGUCAGCUGCUUCAGCUGUUCCAAUGUUCUUCUGAAUCAGGACCAGCAACUGGGAAGGGGAAAAAAGAGAAAGCAAAAAGGUAUUUUUUUACCAUUAGCUGAGCUGUAUCUGGCAACAAGAGAGCCUCAGGUGUUGAACCCCAGAGUGUCACAGCCUGGGCAGCAGCAGGGCAGGCAGCCUGGCGUGCAGGAAUGGCAGCUCAGCUUAGUGAGUGCCUCAGGAGCAAGAGCCUAAACGGCACAAAGCAAUUGAGCAAAGCCCAUUUGUGAUCCACUGGCAUCCUCCAGUGGUGGGGGGCUCCACAGCCUACGUGUACAUAUGUGUAUAUGUGUCUGUAUCUGUACAUGUAUACACAGCUGAGGGGGGGUGUGCACCUUGAGAAGCUGCAUUAAGAAGCUAAUGUCUUUAAAAGAAACCAGUGCUUGUCCCACAGCUCACUGCUCCUCCAGAUCAAGCCCCUGCCAUUCUUUAUGCUUUGUAAGGGAUUUGCUCCCAGCUUCACUGAGUUCCUUUUCCACAGCAUGCCUUCCCAUCUGCAGCAAGCCACUGACCUGCCAACCACUUUUCCCAUGGUGACAAAAUCAACUCAGAGCUGUCCCAUUCUCUGAGAGCCACAACCCAAUCUUUACCCUCCUUUUCCUUCCAUAGUAGAGACUCUGAACUACUGUUAGGCAUGGCUUUAGUGUUUCAAGGUGUCCUUUCAACUACCUUGGUUCAAUCAAACUCUCCUUGAGUUCAGCUUUCAGCACAGCUGGGUGUUUUUGGGUCAUUACUGGCCUUUGCUGUGAACACAAAGAAUCCUCUUCCUUUUCUUUGCCUUUUUCCCCCCUUUUAAAGCUAUCCUUUAGUAGCAUUUUAAACCAUGUGGUGUGUUUUAUUUAAUAUUUAUUCUACAGUUUAUAUUGAAGAAAGGAAAAAACCCAACAACAACUGUAAAGUUUCUAUUUAAACCCACACUGUUUGGUAGUGAAUGCUUCUCUCUGCCUCUCCAGCCUUGUCUGUUAGUGUACAUUUCUGGCAUGGGAAUAUUUUGAUAUUAGGAGUUUUGUAGCCUCUUCCCCCUCCAGCAGCAAAUGACAUAGAUCUAAGGUCACCACUUGCUCAGAUGGCUCAAGCUUAGCUUCCUGCGUUUGUUGGCCUUUCUUGCAGUCCCUUCUGUACACCAUUCAAGUUCCUUUACUACAUAGACUGCUUUGUACAGUUACUAUACAUCAAGAAGCCCUUUCUACAGUAGGUGGGUUUUGGUCUUUUUAUACUUUUCUCAAUGCUGUUGAUGUCUGUUACUGUUGACUGUGUAGCUCUGUAAGGAGAGAUCCAAAUCCUCUGUGUUUCAGUUUGGUGUCCCUACUGUAGAUGGAUGUAGACUAUCAUAGUAAGUAGAACUGCAUAGUAAACUGAAUGCUUUUUCCAUAAGGAGUUAAGUGGAAUGUGAGCAUUUUGCUAUCUUUGGUUAACUGUAAAUGCUUAACUGUAGUCUGAAAUAGUUGCAUUUUUGUCUGUCUCAAUAAAUUUUAAUUUGUCUGCGA